CUUCUUCUCUCUUUUUUGGUGCCGCUUUGCAAUUACCAUUGUCGAUCUCUUCUCUCAUCUCUCUCUAAUCUCGCUUUCGUGUAGCCUUAACUAGAGGUUUAUCAGUGAGUUUGGCAAUGGAAGCGUCAUCUUCUCGGUCAUCAGAUUCUUCAGAUGAAACUGCUACCAAGUUCCUUUCCAACCUUCCAUCUCGUGGCUUCUUAUCUUCUUCCACCGUCGUCUCCUCAAACCCGGGAAGCUUGCGGGUCUAUGUAUGUGAGCAUGACACAUCUCCCCCUGAAGGACAGCUUAUUAAGACAAACCAGCAAAACAUACUAAUCAGAUCCCUCUUGCUAAAGAAGCAAAAAGGAGAAUCUAGUUCUAAAGGAACUCCUGAAGAUGGUCCUAAAAAGAGGGCUGCAAAUAAGGCUCUGGAUGACAGGAGCUCAGCUAAAAGACCUGCUACUAUAUCUAGACAAGAAGGAUCAAGCAGUCGUGGAGGAGAAAAAGACUUUCAGUCUUUAACUGUGGAGAAGCUCCGUGCCCUUCUCAAGGAGAAAGGCCUUCCAACAAAAGGAAGAAAGGAUGAGCUCAUUGCACGUCUGAAGAGUGCCAACUGAAGAUUGAGAAAAUGCUCAGGUUAAUAUAUAUAUAUGUAUCUUUAGAGGGUUUCGAAUUGUCAAAAAAGUGAUGACAAGUAUGGUUGUUCUUGAUCGAUAUAGAUCCUUUUGGUCUCUUUUGUGGUACUGGUUAUCAAGAAUUAAGGUGAUAAGUUAUGAAUCUGUUUUUGGUUAUGGGAUCUUUUCAUCAAAGAAUUAGUGACCUUUGUAGC